UAGCACCAUGUUGCGCAACAUUCAUCAACGCGCAACUUUUUUAUCAAACUCAUCUCAGUAAGUAAAGACAAAGUAAACCAACAAUAAAAGCAACCAACUCCAAUGAAUGCCAACCAGUUGGCGUCGGAUGUGACAGCGAGAACAGCGAUCACAACUGGCAACACUAACAACAACAACAAUAGUAGCAGCAGCAGCACGACCAAUGACACCAGCAACAUCGAUGUUGCUAGCGAAUCCAUGAAUCUGAGCAUAUUGGGGAAACAUGAAAAAAUUGCGAAGCAUUUAAAAAAUGUAGCUGCUAGUAAAACGGAUACAAAUGAUGACAGCAACAGCGGUGGCAACAGCAAUAACAAUAAAAGUAGUGGUGGAGGAAUCUAUGAACCGAAACAAAAUGGGCAAUAUCGUGAAUUCGAUGAGCAUUUGGAUGGUAGGGAGACGCCAACGAAUAGCUGGCAGCAACAGCAUCACCGCAUAAAUGGCGAAAAGUCAACCACAACAACAAUACACGGCCACAAUAGCAACAGCAAUAAUAGCAGCAGCAGCAGCAGUAGUAGUAGUGGCGCAGGUGGCGGCGGCAACAAGCGAGAAAGUGGCGGACAAUCGUCAGCGAACAAGGAUGUGGAUGAGCGGAAUGAAGGGAGAGAGACAGAAAAUGAAAGGGGCAGAGAGUGUGAGGGCGCCGCUGUUGAUGAAGCCGAUUUUGGACGGCUGCACACAGCUACAAUCAUAAAAACCCCACUCACCAAGACGUUGCUGAAGCGUUGCAGUAGCUACAGUGCGUUGAGCGGCAGCAGCAGUGGAAGCGGAAACGGAAACGGUAGCAAUGGCAGUGGAAAUGGGCACGGGCAUGGAAGUGCCACCACUGCGGCUACCUCAGUAGCCACAACUGCAUGCUGCGCACAACCCGCCACCAUCGCCGCCAAUGAGUGUUUGCUCAAUUGCAGCGCCAGGGAAGAGCGAGAGUGUGAGCAGCAGCAGCAGCAACAUGAACGAUCACCAUCGACACUGUCUGAGCAGGCAUCGUUCAAUGGUGGUGAUGAAGGCUCAUCUCCGCCACCCCCACCGCCGCCUACCUCGUCGCCGUCGGCACACAGUUUCCUGCAUAAAAUGCCAACAACCAUAACGCCAACAACAGCAACAACAACUGCUGCUGGUAGCGAUGGGGCGAAAUGUAGCAAAUGCAACAACAACAACAACGUACAUUACAACAAUUACAAUUGUUACUAUCGCAAAAAGUCGCGUAUGCCGAUUUGCCGUUACGCAAUUUACCUACACAAACAAUACUGAAAAUACCUAAGAAUUGGCAAAUAAUAAGUUUUUGAAAAUUGGCAAAAUGGACAGAAAAUUUUAGUUUUGAAAAUUUCAAAAUUCAAAAUACAAAAAUCAUCAAAAAUUGAAUUUUUUUUUUUAUUAAUUUCCCACUACUCGUAUUAUGAAAAGUGCCGCAAAAUUUUUUUAACACAAAACCACCAACAAAAAUUGGCCUCCAAAAUUGGACACAAUUGGUAAAGGGGCUUUGAAAAAUUAUUUAUCAAAAUUUUUAAUAGCAAAAAUUGGCUGUUCAGAAAUCAAUUUAAUUUUAUAUUAAAAAUGAAAAAAAAAAAACAUAAGUGAAGUAAAGAAAAUUGGCUGCACAAAUUCAAAAAAUUAUUAAGAUUGGAGCUGGAAAAAAACUAAAAAAAUUGAUUAAACCCAAAUUUUUUUAAACUUAAACCACCGACGAAAUUUGACGUUUUUUUAUUUAAAAAUGAAAAGCGUUUUUGGAAGAAAUCUUUAAUAGUGAAAAAGCAACUGCAAAAAUUGGCUAUUAAGAAAGUUUUGCAAAAAUAAAAAAAUUCUAAAUUUUUAUGUAAAACUUUUUAGCUAAAAUUUUAC